CUUCUCAUUUUUACAAGUCAGGUCCGCAGGCGGUCGGAGGGAGAAGAGGAGAAGGGCGGCGGAGGGCCUGGCGCGUCAAAGGCCAAACUUUUAAGGUAUUUUUAGCAGCCAAUGGGAGCUUUUUCCGCUAUGAAGGAGGCAGAGAAAACAUUUGGUUGUGGUGUGUAAGAGUCCGGCCGAAGACAGUGUAACCUUUGAGGCGGUUGCUGACGGGCAGCAAAAUUUCGGCGGUUGCAAAGGAGACCCGGGCCAUGCCCAGACGGCCUCGAGCUUCUCCCGGGUCGUUGCUUGGGUGCGAGUUCGGAUCCCCACCAUGGGAGUGUCGCCCAUCCUCCGCUCUUCCCUUCAAUGUCUCCUCCUUUUGCUGCUUUCAGGCCUUGGUACCCCAUUUAAUAUCGAUGUGAAGAGACCCCAGAUCUUCCGUGGCCCCAAAGAAUCCCAGUUUGGGUACAAAGUCCUACAGUACACAGCCCAAGGGCAGAAAUGGAUGCUGGUAGGGGCUCCCUGGGAAGGAACGGCCGACGACCGCCAGGGGGACGUGUACAAGUGCGUCGUGGGAGGAAGAAGGAACUCGACCUGCGCCAAAGUCCACAUUGGUGACCUGGCCCUUCAGAACAACUCCCAGCAAAUUAAAAACAUGCAUUUUGGAAUGACGCUGGUGCCCAACCGAGAUGACGGCUUUGUGGCGUGCGCGCCUCUGUGGUCCCAGGAGUGUGGCACGUCGCUGUUCAGCACCGGGAUUUGCACCAGCGUGGACGAGAACUUCCGUCCCAGGGAGAACAUUGCCCCGACGGCUCAGAGAUGUUCCACCUACAUGGAUAUCGUCAUUGUAUUGGACGGAUCCAACAGUAUUUACCCUUGGUAUGAGGUGCAGAACUUCCUUAGCAAUGUCCUCAGCAAAUUUUUCAUCGAUCCGGAGCAAAUCCAGGUCGGCGUCUUACAGUACAGCGAGGUUGCCGUCCAUGAGUGGACCCUCAAAGAUUACCAGACAAAAGAGGAGGUCAUCGAGGCGGCCAAAAACAUCAGCCGGCAGGAGGGGCUGGAAACCCGGACGGCGGCCGCUAUCCACAAGGCCUGCACAGAGGCCUUCAGCCCAGAAAGGGGUGGCCGGGAAGGGGCGACUAAGCUGAUGAUCGUGGUGACCGACGGAGAAUCCCACGACGGGGAAGAGCUCGCCGAGGCCUUGGAAGAGUGCGAGGCACGCAACGUGACGCGCUACGCCAUUGCGGUGUUGGGGCACUACAUCCGGAGGCAGAAAGACCCCGAUUCCUUCAUCAACGAGAUCAAAUACAUUGCCAGCGACCCGGAUGAGAAGUAUUUCUUCAACGUGACGGACGAGGCCGCCUUGAACGAUAUCGUGGACGCUUUGGGGGACAGGAUCUUUAGCCUCGAAGGUAGCGGCCAAGGGACGGACGGUAUCCUUUUCGGGAUGGUUGGGGCCUAUGACUGGGAUGGGGCUGUGCUCAAGGAGAGCAGGAUGGGACCCCUCAUCCCACCCCGGGAAGCCUUUGAGAAGGAGUUCCCCCUCAAACUGAAAAACCACGCUGCCUACCUGGGCUACACCGUCUCUUCGAUCAAACUCAGGAACGGGAAGGGUCUGUACGUGGCUGGCGCUCCCCGGUUCAAGCACAAGGGGAAAGUGAUCCUCUUUGAGAUGUCCAGGAAUGGGAGCGUCACCAUUUCCCAAGCUCUCGUUGGGGAACAAAUUGGCUCAUAUUUCGGCAGCGAAGUAUGUCCCGUGGAUGUGAAUGGCGAUGGGGUCACGGAUGUCCUGCUAGUGGCUGCCCCCAUGUACCUGGGCCUGCAGAACAAAGAGACGGGCCGCGUUUACAUCUACAAAGUUGGACCAUCACUCUUGUCUUCCAACGGGACGCUCCAGGCCGACCCGAAGCCUCAGGAUGCCCGUUUCGGCUACUGCCUCCUGGCUGUUCCCGACCUCAACCACGACAGCUACAACGAUGUGGUGGUGGGCGCGCCGCUGGAGGACGACCACCAGGGGGCGGUGUAUGUCUACCAUGGGUACCGCACGACCAUGUUGCCCCGCUUCAAACAGCGGAUCGAAGCGUCGGCACUGCCCCAGGGCCUGCGCUACUUCGGCCGCAGCUUGGACGGUCAGAUCGAUCUGGAUGGAGACGGCUUGGUGGACCUUGCUGUCGGAGCCCAAGGGGCUGCUGUGGUGUUAAGAUCCAGGAGGAUCGUGCAGGUGAACACGUCCAUCUCUGCAACCCCGUCCUCCAUCAACGUGAUCCAGAAGAAUUGCCAGCGGAACGGGAAGGAGUCGCUCUGCGUCACCGUCGGCCUCUGCUUCAAGGUGUCCUCCCGCUCUCUCGGCCCGAGGGACAGCCAUUUGAGUAUAAAAUUCAACGUCUCCCUGGACGACCGGAAGUUCGGCACCAGGGCGGUGUUUGACGGCAACUCCCAAAAGCUGCUUCAGAAGAGGAUCCGGGCCACCGUGGGCAGGACAGCCUGUUCCACGGUCCGUUUCCACGUGAUUGACACCUCCGAUUACCUGAGACCUGUGACAGUCACGGUGAAGUUCGCCUUGAGCGACGCUGAGCCGGGCCCAGUGCUGGACGAGAAAUCGCCCACCACCGUUAAGAAACUGAUCCCCUUCUUCAAGGACUGUGGUGAGGACGAUGAGUGCAUCACAGAUCUGGUGCUGAAAGCUCGGAUGGAUAUCACUGGAUCCAGGCAGAAGCCUCACAUCCUCCGAAAAGGGAGGCGGAAGGUCUUGGUGGACGUCCUUCUGGAGAAUAAGCAGGAGAAUGCCUACAAUGCCAGCUUGGGCCUGUGGUUUUCCAAAAACCUCCAUUUUUCCAGCUUGGUGCUCAAGGGCGAGAACCCAGUAAAAAUUGAAUGCACCACCCCGUCGGCUCAAACCCGGGCAUGCUCCGUGGGCUAUCCCGUCUUCAGAUCCCUGGCAAAGGUGGCUUUCGUCCUGGAGUUUGAAUUCAGCUGCUCGUCCCUCCUGAACCGAGCCCUGGUGAAGCUCACGGCUAGCAGCGACAGCCAUGAAUUAAACGAAACUCUUUCCGACAAUAUGGCGCAGCCUGUUGCUUACGUCCACUACGAGCCUGACCUUUUCCUGACCAGCGAAUCCACGCUGAAUCGCUACGAGGUCCAUCCGGUGGAGACCUUCCCGACGGGGAUGAACCCGGAAUUCAGAACCACCCUCAAGGUCCAGAACCUCGGGUGCUACGCGGUGGGGAACCUCUCCCUCACCAUGGAGCUCCCGGCAACUGCCUAUCAGGACCUCCCGUUCCUCUCGGUGACCCGCAUCCUGGCCGACAACGUCACCUGCAGCUUCCAGAACCAGACUGAGACGGUGUCGAGGGCCAGCGGCGAGGGGGUGGUCCCUGUUCACCCAGAAGAACUGAUGCGUGUAGACAAACUGAAUUGCACCAAUGCUGGCUGUCAGGUGGUGAAGUGUGAGCUCUCCCACGUCGAGAGGACCUCCGAAGUCUCCAUCCACCUGCUUAGGACAGUUCACAACGAGUUUUUCAGCAGGGCCAAAUUUAAGACGGUGAAGGUUGUCAGCACGUUCACGCUGAGCACGGCAGAAGGAGAGGCCCUGUUCUUCUUGCCCAAAGCCGCACAUCGACGGGAGACCCUGCUGGAGGUGAUCCAGUCCGACGUGGUCCCCCUCUCCCUCUGGAUCCUCAUCGGCAGUAUCGUAGGAGGACUUCUCCUGCUGGCCCUCAUCAUCAUCUGUUUGUGGAAGCUCGGCUUCUUUGCCCAUAAAAAGCCUGGGGAGGACGAGAAGGAGGACCAGUAAGACCCGACCUGCGCCUAAGACUUUUCGCUCCACAGAGAUGAGCUGCUACGGGAAGAAAUCCAGACGGAGGGCUGGGGGGGCGGGGGGCGUGGCUGCCUGCCUCCGACUCUCCCUUUCAGUCCGUGGACAUUUCAGAGAGAAAUCUCAUUCUUCUGCUCGGGAAGCUCAGAACAUGCCACUCCCUUCCCUUGUGGAAGGUGCAACUCAGCGCAAGUCCCCCCGUGGGCCCUAAAGCGCCAUUUUUUUGCUCUCCGUGGCGGGGAUCCCACCUGCAAGGUUUAGAGGACGAGAAAAAAAAGAGGAGAGAUCGGCCAGCCAGGCGCCUUCUGCAGAGGCUCACGGAGACGGGCCCGGAUGACCAACAGACGUCCACCCUUCCCCAGAUGAAAUGGGAAGCCCCCCCACACACACCCCACACAAACCAGCUUCUCUCCCAGCCCUGCAGAGCCUCUUCCUUCCAAGGGGCUCCGUCCCUCGUUUCUCCUUUCCCACUGUGGCGGUCUCGACCAAGGGCGGCCCCCCCCCGGCCGAAGAGAACCGCAUAAGGCGCAGACCCUGAAAGUCCUACAGUUUGGCACAUCGUUCCAGAUUUCCGUUAGGGACCGUUUUAAAAGAUCCUGAUUCGAAGAGCAAUCCCAGGGCAUUGGUCCUGUGAGCUGUACAGGCCUGGCCGUGGCGUCACGCUGGCCCGCUCCGAUCCUGGUUUCACGGCGAAGCCCACGGCACCGAGGAAAGUGUGAGAGGAACGAGGCCCAUCCCUGCGUCAGCUCUGACGACUGAAGCCACCGGGCGGUGUUGGGGGAACGGAUCCGUCGCUUGUGGGCAGCCGGA